GUUACACAGGCUUUGUAACUUGUGGCUGUGUUUAUCUUCCUUAAGAGAAACGUCUAAUCCCAAUACUGUGUGUCUGUCACUCUUCUCUUCUCUACGAGUGAAAAUCAUGGAAUGGAUAAAUUCACUGCCCAAAAUCGAGCUUCAUGCGCAUCUCAACGGCUCCAUUAGAGACUCCACUCUUCUAGAGCUUGCUAAGGUUCUUGGUGAGAAAGGCGUUAUAGUGUUUGCUGAUGUUGAAGAUGUCAUUCGGAAAAAUGAUCGAUCUUUGUCUGAGGUCUUCAAGUUGUUCGAUUUGAUCCAUAAGAUCACCACUGAUCACCAAACAGUGACAAGGAUCACUAGAGAAGUUGUAGAAGACUUUGCUUUAGAAAAUGUGGUUUAUCUUGAGUUACGAACAACUCCAAAGAGGAACGAUUCGAUAGGUAUGAGUAAACGUUCUUACAUGGAAGCGGUAUUGGAAGGUCUGAGAUCUGUCAGUGAAGUCGAUACUGAUUUUGUUACGGAAUCUAAUUCACAAAAAAUACGCAAUGCGUGUGAUGGAGUUCGAAGGAAGAAGAUUUAUGUUAGGCUUCUUCUUAGCAUUGACCGUAGAGAAACAACAGAGUCUGCAAUGGAAACUGUUAAGCUCGCGUUGGAAAUGAGAAAUGUCGGUGUUGUUGUCGGUAUCGAUCUUUCUGGGAAUCCUCUUGUUGGAGAAUGGAGCACUUUCUUGCCUGCGUUACAGUUCGCUAAAGACAAUGAUCUUUACAUCACUCUUCACUGUGGAGAGGUCCCCAAUUCAAAAGAGAUCCAAGCCAUGCUUGAUUUCAAACCGCAUCGAAUCGGCCAUGCUUGUUUCUUUGAAGAUGAUGAUUGGGAAAAGUUGAAAUCUUUCCGGAUUCCGGUUGAAAUAUGUCUUACGUCCAACAUUAUAACCAAGUCGAUAUCUUCAAUCGAUAUACACCAUUUCGCUGAUCUCUACAAUGCAAAGCAUCCAUUGAUUAUAUGCACUGAUGAUUUUGGAGUUUUCUCCACUAGCCUCUGCAAUGAGUAUGCUCUCGCUGUUCGUUCCUUUGGUCUUAGUAAGAGAGAAGCUUUUACAUUGGCUAGAUCCGCCAUAGACGCAACGUUUGCAGAAGAUGAAGUAAAGCAACAACUCAUGUUGAUUUUUGAUUCAGCCUCUCCAGAAUCUCUUAGAAAGCUAGCUGCAAUCAAUCACCGUAAAACAAGACCGUUCUUCACCGCCGCCUCCGCCGCACCUUCCGGCGGCACCGUUUCUCCGAUCCCACCGUCGUUUUUGCCGCUGUUCCCACAUUUCUCGCACCGGUUGUCUCCGCUCUCCAAAUGGUUCGUCCCUCUUCGUGGACCUCUCUUCCUGUCUUCUCCUCCCUGGAAACUGCUACAGUCCGCGACACCUUUGCAUUGGCGAGGAAACGGCGCGGUUUUCAGGAAGGUCGAGGCUCUGAACAUUAGAUUGGAUCGAAUUAGGAGCAGAACGAGGUUGGGGUUGCAGUCGGCGGCAUCAAACGUGGUGACGGUGGAUCGCAAUUUGUUCAAGGAGGAAGAUGGAAGUAGAGAGAACGGUGGGAUAAUGGAGAGUUUUGUUAACGUGCCGAAUAUGAUAUCUAUGGCACGAUUAGUAUCUGGUCCUGCGCUUUGGUGGAUGAUCUCGAAUGAGAUGUAUACUCCUGCAUUCGUUGGGUUGGCUGUAUCUGGAGCGAGUGAUUGGUUAGAUGGUUACAUGGCUAGGAGGAUGAAGAUUGAUUCUGUGGUUGGCUCAUACCUUGAUCCUCUCGCAGACAAGGUGGAAUCUUUUGAUCUGUUAUGUGUGGUUCUUAUUGGGUGUGUUGCGUUGGCAAUGGUGCAGAAGGAUCUCUUACAUCCUGGGCUGGUUGGAAUUGUGGUGUUCCGGGAUGUUGCACUCGUUGGUGGUGCAGUAUAUCUAAGGGCACUAAACUUAGACUGGAAGUGGAAAAACUGGAGUGAUUUCUUCAACCUCGAUGGUGCAAGCCCUCAGAAAGUAAAACCAUUGUUUAUAAGCAAGGUAAAUACGGUUUUCCAAUUGGCUCUAGUCGCCGGCGCAUUACUUCAACCCGAAUUUGGGAAUCCAGAUACACAGACAUGGAUCACUUAUCUAAGCUGGUUAGUUGCUUCGACGACUAUGGCUUCAACUGCAGCUUACGGAGCACAAUACAUGAAGAAGAAACCUAUCUCUAUGAUUAAGAGAUCAUAG